AUGUUUCUCAUCACUUGCUUCGUCUUUGGCCUUUUGGGCAGCCUUACCUGGGCAGGUCCUCGUGCUCGGAGUAUCUGUCCUUCUGGCACCUUUGCCUAUAAAGACGGAAGUGAGUGGAAUUGCUUCAAGUUCUAUGAAGAUCGGUUCACCUUUGAAGAUGCUGAGCAAGAGUGUCAGUUCAGAUGGAAAGGCAAUUUAGCAUCUUUCAAAUCUGACAAGCAGACAAAAUCCGUUGGUGCCUAUGUCAGUAAAGAAAGCAUAGAACGUGGUUGUGUCUGGAUUGGGCUCCGACGAGAUGCAGGUUCUAGUGUGACUACUGGAUGGCGCUGGAUUGAUGGAUCACGAGACAUCUAUAGAAAGUGGGGGUAUAAUGAACCCAACAACUUGAAUACUAAUGAGUAUUGCACCUGUCUCCAUUCUUCAUCUGGGUUCUUGACUUGGAUUGAUAUAGACUGUAACAACCGUCUGAAUUUUCUCUGCAAAUGGAAACCCUCUUAA